AUGCCUCUUGAUUCAAGAGCGAACGAGAAUAUUGAAGCAAAAGAAGACUUUAUUCGAAGUUCUUUUUCGUUUAAAGAGUGCACUAAGUUCGUCCCUGAUAAAACUGGGGAAGAUUCUUCGCGUUGCGGUUGCGGUGAAUUGGAGCACAAUCAUUAUCACUAUAAUGGUUCCUUAAUCUCAAGCAAUGAAUGGUCCAGGGACGUCAUAAGGACAAUCGGCUCCACAAAUGCAUUUGGAGUUGUAAAAUUCUUUUCGGGAGCCCAUAAUUUACACAAAUCCGCUGAGUUCGUUCGUUUGUCUGAUGAUGACAACCCCCUUGAUGUUAUCGAAUUGAUGAAUAAACACUGGGGCCUUUUGGGAAAUAACUCCCCUCUACUCUGUAUUUCCGUCAUUGGUGGAAUGGGUACGUUCUGUCUGGAAGGAAAGAAGAAGGACAUAUUUUGUGAGGGCCUGAUAAGGGCUGUAUUUGCCACAAAUGCUUGGAUACUUACCCAUGGCCUUAAUUUUGGAGCUGUCAAUGUUGUUAGUGACGCUAUUUCUAGCGCAGAUUCCUACCAUCUUCGGAGUGAAAAAAUGUCUAAAAAAAUUCGCUGCAUCGGUGUGGCUCCUUGGGGUUUUGUUCAAAAUCGCGAUAAACUUAUCAGGCUUUCGUACACAAGGCCACAGUACCUAAAAUAUUGCAUAGAUUGUGAAACACCGCAAAAUGAGGCUGCCUCCCUCAACAAAAAUCACACCCAUUACAUUUUCGUUGACGAUGGGUUUCGCAAUAGCUUUAGAUGUAGCGAAGUCUCACAAUUUCGAAAGGAAUUGGAAUGCCUCAUAGCAACUCCAAGAAAAGAUGGAGGCUGUGGGGUACCAGUGGUUCGAAUAAUUGUGGGAGGAGAUUUCGACAUCUUAGAAAAUGCAGUCCAAAGUAUGCAGGUCGGGAUUCCGAUUGUUAUCUGUGCUGGAACCGGUAAAGCCGCGGAUAUUUUGUCCAGAGCACUGUAUUGCUGGCGCAUUAACAAGAAUGAGGUCGGUCACAGGAAUCCCGAGUGGACAGUCGACCAAGGCAUUCAUCUACUGGAAACCAUGAUGGAGUAUGAGAACUUUGUCAGCUGCUUCGACUUAGACGAGGAAAGUGUUGAAGCAGGCUUCGAUAGAGCAAUUCUUUAUGCCCUUAUCAAGUGUUCAACCACUAAUCCCGCCGACCAACUCAUGGUUGCACUCAAGUUUGGUCGUAUUGAUGUAGUUAAGGAGAAGAUUUUUCCUGAUGGUGUUGGAAGGCUUCGAUCUUCAAUUAAAAAAUACCACCUGAACAGGUUGAUGACAGCAGCCCUGCUGGAGAACCGCAGCGAGUUUGCUGAGUACCUAAUCGAGCAGGAAUUGGUGGAGAUGUCGACCUACCUGGAUGUCAGUACACUCACACGUCUCUACAAUGAACUCGAGGAUCCCUCGGUAAUGCGACGCUGUCUGGAGCGCUUGAAAGUGGAGGUGAAACACACCCAGCCCAGCCUGACGCGUGCUGCCUUGCUGGCCACCACUGCCAACAUUUUGGUCAGUGAAACGGAAACCUCUGACACGGCUAACAAGAUGCUUGAAAUGCUCAUCCGACGCGAUAAGGAGAAACCAAAGGAUUGGAUCAACCUACCCACUGUAGAGGGGCUGCUCAAUAAACUUCUGGGCUCCUUCAACCAUCCCUUAUAUGUGGAGGUUACGGAACUAUUCAUCUGGGCCGUGCUGAACGACCGAAACGAAUUGGCCCUGAUAUUCUGGCGCAACGCAGAUGAUGCCGUGGCUCUAGGUCUUAUUGGAUGCAAUCUCUACGGGAAAAUGCUUCAAACUCUACCUCUUUACAACACCGAGGGUCGGUUGGCAUUUGCCAAUCAAAAAGCUUACCUUGAACAGGCCGUCAAGAUGAUGAUUGAACUCCUCUACUCAAAAUCACGAUGGAGAGCACUAUACCUCCUGGUUCGUCCUUUGAAGACCUGGGGUCAUCACAGAUGCAUGCCUCUGGCCAUGCAAGCCAAUUGUCUCGAAUUCAUUUCCUCCAUCGCCUGCCAACAUGCCAUCCAAUUUGAAUGGCGCGCUGGGGUACACGCCAACAUCUUCUCACUGGUUCUCGCCUACAUCUGUCCGCCCCUAAUCUUCACACGCCUCGUUGGAUUUUCGUCCAACAGCAAACUGGUAAACAAUGCCACAGAAAAGAACAUAAUCCAACGUCUUAAAGGCAAAAUCAAGCAUGCAAACAUAGAGGCCGACCCUAAUGAAUCCUCCGUUUCGGUGGCGACGAAGCUGAGAAUGUUUUACUGUGCUCCACGAACAAAGUUUUGUAUCCAUACCGUAUUUUAUGUAAUUUUUUUGGCAUUCUUCUCGUAUACUCUUCUCUUUGGAAUGAAACCGAAUUCUGUGACUAUACUAGAAGCCAUACUAAUGACUUACCUUGGCGCCUUCUGCAUUGAAACCAUACGAAGUUGCAUAAAAACGGCGAACGGAAGGGGUUCGGUUUACUUUCUUUUGGGCAGCUGGCUGAGCAAUGACAAGUGGCACGCCUACGAUUUGGCUUUAAUGGUUGCCAGCGCGAUUACUAUUUGCUUGCGUUUUGGAUGGGAUCGUAGCUACAUUGUCGCCAAGAGUUUUUACUCGGUCAUUUUCGUAUUCUACUUUCUUCGACUCUUCCAAUUCUACUCAGUGAAUCGCAAACUCGGCCCCAAUUCGGUAAUGAUAUUCCAAAUGUUGGUGGAGCUGUCAAUAUUCCUCUUUAUUCUCCUGAUCUUUCUUUUGCCAUACGGAGUUUCAACUCAGGCUCUAUUAUUUCCCUAUAUGACGGAGUUUAAGCCGGAAAUUCUUAAAAAUGUUUUCUACUAUCCUUAUUACCGAAUCUAUGGGGAACUAUUUCUGGAACAGUCUGAAGCUUCCAUUCUCUUUAAACUGCUGAAGUAUCCAAAUGGCUUCAUUGAGUUAUUGGCCAUAUCUACGAACAAGCGCGUCAUUCUCUGCUCAACAAUUUACGUGCAUUUUUUUCCAGCUAAGAUGGAGCAAUGCGAUCCGGCUAAGGCGGAUGGCAUUACCUGCCCCAUGUACAACUUCUUGGCUCCUCUCUUCCUCGCGGUCUACAUGCUCAUCGUCGCUGUUCUGCUUAUCAAUCUGCUGAUUGCUAUCUUCAGUGGUUUCCUGCCUGCGAAUCGGAUGAUAGGGAAAAUGAUCUGGUUGGCGAACAACAGCGUUAUUCUUCUAUCACUGAGGGGGGAAGUUACUAAGUGCCUCCCUGCGUCUCACUUUAGCAACGUGUUUACAGCGAUUGAAACGCAAUCGACGCAGUUUUGGAAGUCAACCAUGUACUAUCUGCUGGUGGAGUACGAGGCAAAGCCGGUGGUCCCGCCACCCUUCAGCCUGCUCCAAGCUCUUCUGGAGGGCGUGGCCUACCUUCUUAAUGCUUCCAUCAGGUUAUGUCGACGUUUCACUUUUCGAGAGGGGAAGCACAAAGCAAAUAAAGGCAAUGAAUACGCACUAGAAGGAGCCGGUGACACUCCAGCGUAUGUAGAGCGUGAGGGAGAGGGGGACAAUGAGGCAGCGGAGGAGGUAAGAGACGAGGAGACGGAAAAUUUUGAGAACUCCAUCACUCAGAUGGAGCGAUGGACUAUUCGCCAAAUCCUUAAACAGGAAGCCUCUGAAGAUACAAAUCAAAUCUCCAAAAUUUAUCGCAUGGUGAAGGAAGUGCGCAAUUCACUGGCGUCAGAAAAUCAACCUGACGAACCAGCACCACAAUCUGCAUCGGCACCGAGAGGAACCCCUUCUCAUAAGGUGUCGUUCGUAUGGCAGAGGAGCUUGCAUAAGAGGAUUCUUGCGAUGGAAUCCAAAGUUGAGAAUUCUCUUAAGCAUCAGGAAAGUAUGUUACAGCAACUGCUCGGGCAAGUAGAGACCAAAAAGUGA